AGAAAAUAGUUCAAUGAAAGAAAGCAAACAAACGAAACCUCUCAGAAAAACCCUCUUCCUUUUCUUCUCCACUCCUUUCCCUCCAGAUUCUCUGCAUCAAAAGGGUCCAGACUCCAGAUAACUAUCUCUCAAUAAUGUCGUCUUAAAUCUUCUUUUCUAUUUAUUUCUUUUUUCUAUUUCUUCUCUCCCCAAAUCUUCCCCUUUUUUCAGAAAUCGAAUAAAGGAGUGGUUCACGUCAUCUCUGCUGCUUUUAUCUCCAUCUUUCUUCCUAUAAAUACUCUCCCGGAAUCCCCAUUUGAUAUCUGUGUUUAUCUCUCUAUCUCCUUCGCCUCCCAUUUCGAAGUCGAAGGUUCCUCACCAAACAUCCAUGGAGGUUGGCAUUUGACGAAGCGAUCUCUGUUUUGUUUCUUUUGCUAUCUAUUAUUAUUCCAGACAGAUAAGAGGAGUCUAAUCGAAACCCUAGAUUGCAUUUAAGUUCGUUGCCUAUAUCUAGCGAUAUGGCGAUUGCUUUUCCUCCUCGUAUCGUCUGCUCUGAGAAAUCAACGAUAGAGAAAGCCGUCAUGGUGUCGCCUUCAUCUCCUGUUCCUCCGGUCAUUUUGACUCAAGAUGAGCUGAAGAAAAUUGCUGCAUAUAAAGCCGUCGAGUAUGUCGAGUCCGGGAUGGUUCUGGGGUUGGGAACAGGUUCGACAGCUUGGUUUGCCGUGAACCGGAUAGGCGAGCUUCUGCAACAGGGGAAGCUCAAGAACAUUGUGGGGAUACCCACUUCGAAGAAAACGCACGAGCAGGCGCUUUCGUUGGGAAUACCUCUCUCCGACCUUGAUAAGCAUCCGGUGCUUGAUCUUGCGAUUGACGGUGCCGACGAGGUGGAUCCCUAUCUCAAUCUCGUUAAGGGCCGAGGUGGGUCUUUGCUCAGGGAGAAGAUGGUCGAAGGCGCAUGCCGGAAGUUCGUUGUUAUCGUCGAUGAGUCGAAGCUAGUUGAUCAUUUGGGAGGUAGCGGUCUUGCCAUGCCGGUUGAGAUUGUUCCCUUUUGCUGGAAAUUCACAGCCUACCGGUUGCAGAGGUUGUUUGAGUACGCCGGUUGUGUCGCCAAGCUCAGGACAUGUGGGGAAAACGGCGAGCCCGUCGUCACGGACAAUGCGAACUAUAUCGUGGAUUUGUAUUUUAAGAAAGAUAUUGGGGAUUUGAAGGUUGCUAGCGAUUCAAUUCUGCGACUUGCGGGUGUUGUCGAGCAUGGAAUGUUUCUUGACAUGGCCACCACUGUUAUCAUCGCCGGCGAGCUUGGAGUCACCGUGAAGAACAAAUAGAUGCUUUGAAGAGGGGCCUAGGUAGUUUUACUGAUCACAAUCUUAGAGGUUAGCUAACUUAUAUAUGAAUCUUCAGAAAGUUUGUUGUUGCGAAUUACUGUAAUGGGAGGAAGGUGUUAUUUUUCCCAGUAUCAAUCGAAAUAAGUACUGGACUGUGAGACCUACUUGGUUGACAAUGUUGAGGAGUUGGAGGUCUCCUUAAAUGGUGGGAAGACCAAUCUUUCUAUGUUCUAGCCGUCUUCUCUUCACCAGAAUUUUUGACUGGUUAUGGGUUCUUUGCGUAGAAACAUAUGUUGAUAUCACUCUGGAUCUUAUUCCCUUGUCAUGCUGACACUUCAGAACAGAGUUCAUGAGUUGUAACCAUGUCAGACACUUCCUAACUCUGUAAAUUUCUCAUCCAAAACCAGAACAAAAGGGGUCUAGUAAGUACUUACGAAUUUACUACAACCAUGGGGUAGUAUGUUUAUCUGAGUUUAUGACACCCUUCCUCACUCCAAAUCCAUCAUGAAUUUUAGGGUGUAUUCCGCUUGAUGAUCAAAUGUUGAUAUUGGUUUCUAGUUAAACUUUCUCAACAGAAAGCACAUCUCAGUUCUCUCAAAGCAGUGAUUUUUCCUUGUUUACUGCUCCAGCUAUGUAACGCUAUACAGUUUAUGGUAAUAAUGAACUUAUACUUUGUUUGAAA